AUGGCAAAUCAAACCAAGCCCAUUAUUCAUGGGUAUUUUAGGAGUUCGUGCUCUUGGAGGGUUCGAAUCGCGUUUGCUCUGAAAGGUAUUGAAUUUGACCAAGUCCCAGUCAAUCUUAUCAAAGAUGGGGGUCAGCAGUUUACAGAACAAUACAAGGGGUUAAACCCUAUGCAACAAGUGCCUGCUGUCCAAAUUGAUGGCAUCACACUGUCACAGUCGCUGGCAGUGAUCCAGUACAUUGAGGAGACCAGAACAGGACACAGGCUUCUCCCUGCAGACCCAAAGAAACGUGCCCAGGUGCGCAUGAUCUCUGACCUUAUCGCCUCUGGGAUCCAGCCUGUGCAGAAUUUGUACGUGCUACAGAAGAUAGGAGCCGAGAAGGUGCAGUGGGUGCAUCAUUUCAUCCAGAGGUUUUGA